UCACUCAAAACUGUCAAAAUAAAUAUCGAAUCCUUUCAAAUUUUUCUUUUUAAUAAUUUUUAUAUUUUUGUUAAGUUGUAAUAAGUUAUGAAAACCAAGAUUUGAAAAUAAGUUUUACGUUUGGUUCGAAGUCUUAAUAAUAAAAAUGUCUACUGAUAAUUACAGCUUCAUAAGUGAUAUAUCACCGAUGUUUCGUCCCUACAUACAAAAUAUUUUUCAAGAUUUAAAACUAGGUCUUUGUAAAACUAAAGUGGACUUGGAAAGAAUUGGUAGUACUCCUAUCGGUUCAGAAACUCAGUUUCGAUUGGUACUACCUUAUUGUUCGAAAAAAUUAAAGUGGGAUAUAAUAUUUGAUCCAUCGACACCCUGGUUUGCACCUGACUUCAGAUUCGAUGAUGAUACUUUCUUAAACAAUGCUGAUGAAGAACUUUUAGCAAUUGGUGUUCCAAGUCUUACAAAAUGGAAUUCUAGUGAUCCAAAAUCCCUUAGUGAAGUUAUCUCAGAACUGAUUAAUAUGUAUAAAAUUUACCAGGUGAAAAAAUUAAAUGAAGAUGAAAGUUCGCGUGCUUCAUUUGAAUAUAGUGCAUUACUAGGAAAUGCCUUGACAACUGAGCAAGAUGUCGAAGUAUGGGUGGGAGGCCAUGUAGUGGAAUUUUUAAUUAAACUCAAAAUAAAUACAUCCCGAUUACCAGAGUUAUACAAUGAUGGGAUAGAUCGAAAUCCAGGAAUUGAUUCAGCUCUUCUUCUUGUUCGUUAUCCUAACUCCACCAAUGCAGAAUUGAUUCUGUCACCAUUCCUGACUAAAGUAUUAGGAAACAUAUCCUUACCUAUGAUGCACCAAUCAGGAGUUCUAAUGGAUUAUGUUCCUAUGGUAACAGACAUCAUAAAUAACAAGAUUCAAGAUCUUCUUAAUAAUGACCGACUGAAACGUGAAUUAUUAGCUCAACUUAUUGUCAAAUAUGAAGGAGCAAUAUUGGAGCAUGAUGCAAGUAGUGCAGCACUUUUAUUUGAAAUGAAUGAUUUUCAUUGGAUUCUACAAAUAGAUAUAGGUACCAAUUUUCCAGAAAAACCCCCAAUUCUGACACUUCGUUCUGUUUAUCACUGUUCUAAAGGAAAGCCCAAAUUCAAAAUACUUCCUAGCUGUCCAUACAACAAUUUCGAAGGAUACAUAGAGCAGCAAGCAGAAAUAUUUAAAAAUGAAUGCAAAGGAGUUAUUCAAAUCCAUCAAACUUUAAAUCUCGAAUAAGACUAAGUAUAUUGCAAUCUUGAGAAUUUUUAUACUACUUACAAAAUGUUAUUAAAA